AUGGGAAAAGUUGGCGCCGGCGGCGGCUCCCCAGCCGGGCUGAGCGCGCUCCUCGCCGGCGCGGGGCUCUUGCUCUUCUGCGCCUCGGGCGCCUGCGGCGGCGGCUCCUGCAGCCCCCACCUGCACCCCAGCUCCGGCCCGCGCUGGGCUCCGACCCCAGGGGGAUUCCUUCACCAGGGGCCGCGAGGCAAGCCUCCCGCCACGCCCCCGCCCCUCCUUGGGCGCCCCCUGUUCGCAGUGGCCCCCGGAGACCGAGCCCUGUCCCUGGAGCGGGCCCCGGGCACCGGAGCGUCCGUGGCGGUUGCUCCACGCUCUGGCCGGAGGAGACGGAGUGGAGCGGAUCAGGAGAAGGCAGAACAAGGAGAGGGCUCCAGUAGAAGCCCUCGGGGAGUGCUAAGGGACGGAGGUCUGCAGGAGCCUGGGACUCUGGAGCGGGACCCGGACAAAGCCACUCGCUUCCGGAUGGAGGAGCUGAAACUGACCAGCACCACGUUCGCGCUGACAGGCGACUCAGCACAUAACCAAGCUAUGGUCCACUGGUCUGGCCACAACAGCAGCGUGAUUCUCAUUUUGACAAAGCUCUAUGACUAUAACCUGGGGAGCAUCACGGAGAGCUCGCUUUGGAGGUCAACCGAUUAUGGGACAACUUAUGAGAAGCUGAAUGAUAAAGUUGGGUUGAAAACAAUUUUAAGCUAUCUUUACGUGUGUCCUACCAACAAACGUAAGAUUAUGCUACUCACGGACCCUGAGAUCGAGAGCAGUUUAUUGAUCAGCUCAGAUGAAGGAGCAACUUAUCAGAAAUACCGGCUGAAUUUCUACAUUCAGAGCUUGCUUUUCCAUCCCAAGCAGGAGGACUGGAUUCUGGCCUACAGCCAAGACCAAAAGUUGUACAGCUCUGCUGAAUUUGGGAGAAGGUGGCAGCUUAUUCAGGAAGGGGUUGUACCAAACAGGUUCUACUGGUCUAUGAUGGGAUCAAACAAGGAACCAGAUCUUGUGCAUCUCGAGGCCAGAACAGUGGAUGGUCAUUCACAGUACCUGACUUGCCGAAUGCAGAACUGCACAGAAGCCAACAGAAAUAAACCUUUCCCAGGCUACAUUGACCCAGACUCCUUAAUUGUCCAGGAUGAUUAUGUGUUUGUUCAGCUGACGUCAGGAGGCCGGCCGCACUACUAUGUGUCCUACCGGAGGAAUGCGUUUGCCCAGAUGAAGCUGCCCAAGUAUGCUUUGCCCAAGGACAUGCACGUCAUCAGCACAGAUGAGAACCAAGUGUUUGCAGCAGUCCAAGAAUGGAACCAAAAUGACACCUACAAUCUCUACAUCUCAGACACCCGGGGCGUCUACUUCACCCUGGCCUUGGAGAAUGUCCAGAGCAGCAGAGGCCCUGAGGGCAAUGUCAUGAUUGACCUCUAUGAGGUAGCAGGGAUAAAGGGAAUGUUCUUGGCUAACAAGAAGAUUGACAACCAAGUGAAGACAUUCAUCACGUAUAACAAAGGCAGAGACUGGCGUUUGCUGCAGGCGCCAGACACGGAUUUGCGAGGUGAUCCUGUGCACUGCUUACUGCCUUAUUGCUCACUACACCUUCACCUUAAGGUAUCUGAGAACCCCUACACAUCAGGGAUCAUUGCCAGCCGAGACACAGCCCCCAGCAUCAUAGUGGCUUCAGGUAACAUAGGUUCUGAAUUGUCAGACAGCGACAUCAGCAUGUUUGUCUCUUCAGAUGCAGGGAACACCUGGAGGCAGAUCUUUGAAGAAGAGCACAGUGUUCUGUAUCUGGAUCAAGGUGGAGUCCUGGUUGCUAUGAAGCACACAUCUCUCCCAAUUCGGCAUCUCUGGUUGAGUUUUGAUGAAGGGAGAUCUUGGAGCAAAUACAGUUUCACAUCUAUUCCACUUUUUGUGGAUGGGGUUCUGGGUGAGCCAGGGGAAGAGACUCUAAUCAUGACAGUGUUUGGACACUUCAGCCACCGCUCUGAAUGGCAGCUGGUGAAAGUGGACUACAAGUCCAUUUUCGAUAGACGGUGUGCGGAGGAGGACUACAGACCUUGGCAGCUGCACAGCCAGGGGGAAGCAUGCAUCAUGGGAGCAAAAAGGAUAUACAAGAAGCGAAAAUCAGAGCGGAAAUGUAUGCAAGGAAAAUAUGCCGGAGCGAUGGAAUCUGAACCCUGUGUCUGCACAGAGGCCGAUUUUGACUGUGACUAUGGUUAUGAGCGACACAGCAAUGGUCAGUGCCUGCCAGCGUUUUGGUUCAAUCCAUCUUCUCUGUCGAAAGAUUGCAGCGUGGGACAGAGUUACCUCAAUAGUACUGGGUAUAGGAAGGUGGUUUCCAAUAACUGCACUGAUGGAGUGAGAGAACAGUAUACUGCCAAACCACAGAAGUGUCCGGGGAAGGCCCCGCGGGGACUCCGGAUCGUCACUGCUGAUGGAAAGUUGACAGCGGAACAAGGGCACAAUGUUACUCUCAUGGUGCAAUUGGAAGAGGGUGACGUGCAGAGGACAUUCAUCCAAGUGGACUUCGGUGAUGGCAUCGCUGUGUCUUACGUCAACCUCAGCUCCAUGGAAGAUGGGAUCAAACACGUCUAUCACAAUGUGGGCAUUUUCCGAGUGACCGUGCAGGUGGACAACAGUCUCGGGUCUGACAGCGCCGUCCUGUACUUACAUGUAACUUGUCCCCUGGAGCACGUCCACCUGUCCCUUCCCUUCGUCACCACAAAGAACAAAGAGGUCAAUGCGACUGCAGUGCUGUGGCCCAGCCAAGUGGGCACCCUCACCUACGUGUGGUGGUACGGGAACAACACAGAGCCCUUGAUCACCUUGGAGGGAAGCAUAUCAUUCAAGUUCACUGCCGAAGGGAUGAACACAAUCACAGUGCAGGUCUCAGCUGGGAAUGCCAUCCUGCAAGACACCAAGACCAUCGCGGUGUAUGAGGAAUUUCGAUCUCUUCGCCUGUCCUUUUCUCCAAACCUGGAUGACUACAACCCGGACAUCCCCGAGUGGAGGAGGGACAUCAGCCGAGUCAUCAAAAAGUCCCUGGUGGAAGCCACUGGGGUCCCAGGCCCCCACAUCCUGGUGGCAGUGCUCCCUGGCUUACCCACGGCUGCUGAGCUCUUCGUCUUGCCAUAUCAGGACCCAGCAGGAGAACACAAAAGGUCAGCGGAGGAUCUGGAGCAGAUAUCAGAACUGCUGAUCCACAAGCUCAACCAAAACGCAGUGCACUUUGAGCUCAAACCCGGGAUUCAAGUCCUUGUCCACGCCGCCCACCUGACAGCAGCCCCAUUGGUGGACCUCACUCCGACCCACAGUGGGUCUGCCAUGCUGAUGCUCCUCUCCGUGGUGUUUGUGGGCCUGGCCGUGUUCGUCAUCUACAAGUUUAAAAGGAAGAUCCCGGGGAUUAAUGUUUAUGCCCAGAUGCAAAAUGAGAAAGAACGAGAGAUGGUCAGUCGAGUCAGUCCCACUGAAAGCAGGCCCCAUUUCUCUCAGACUGAACUAAGGAGGCCUGGCCAGCUGAUAGAUGAGAAGGUGGAAUCCCAGCUCAUAGGAAGUAUUUCCAUAGUUGCUGAGAAUCAAAGCACAAAAGAAAUCCCUACCUAUGUAAAUGUUUGAAUGGAGGACGCCAGUAAAAACAAAAACAAACAAAACAAAAUAAAAACAAUCAAAAUUCAAACAAACAAACAAACACGCACU